AUGGCCCAGUCUCAGUACGGCACCGCGCACUCCAGCCCCGGCGCCGUCACGACUCCUGCCCAGCAGAUACAGCCUCCUCCUCAGUCUCAGACGACGGCAGGGGCCGCCCCCGCCUCGGGACAACUGCCGCCGCAGCACAAGCGAGUCUACCAGGCUUGCAUCCCCUGCCGUCGACGAAAGGUGCGCUGCGAUCUCGGCAGCGUCGACAACCCCCACGAUCCCCCCUGCGUCCGCUGCCGCCGCGAGAGCAAGGAGUGCUUCUUCAGCGCCACCAGGCGCAAGCGCAAGACCGACGACGACGAGGGCAGCGACGCCGACGACCCACCCGCCCCUCUCGACCGCCGCUACUAUAGCGAAGUGCCCCUGACCCCCGGCGGCUCCCAUGGCCAGACGCAGCCCUUGCGGCGCCCCGACGACAACACCAGGCCCAGGGACAGGAGAGGCAGCGAGUUGGAUGGCGAGGGCGACGCUAACCAGACGCUCGAAAACUUCGAGGCCCAGGCCGUCAUGCGCCGCGGCAUGUACGGACCCCACGACGCCCUCGAUCUCCUCUACAAGGCAGCGACGGAUAGCCCGGCCGCUGACCACAGGCGAGAGGGCAGUACGACGUCUGUUACACCUUUGGCCCCUCCCCCAGCAUCCGCGCAGGACCCGGCAAGCCUUAACCACCCUCCGCCGCCACCCAUCGCCAGCAGACCAGAGCACGCAAAACACUUGCAACAACAACAGCCGGUCGACCCAGAGCUGGCCCAGCAGCUACCUGCCCUGAGGAGCAAUCCGGGCUACAUCCACGCCCUGAGGGCGUGGAGUCGGUUCCGGUUCGUUCGAGCGGGCUGGUUCACGGCGCAAGAGGCCAUUGAGUACAUCGACUACUACUACAAAUACCUGUCGCCCAUGACCCCCAUAUCUCCUCCCACGUUCAGCGAUCCCGCUUCGCAUCUCACGCUCCUCACCGAGGAGCCGAUCCUAACCGUGACUUUGCUCACAAUUGCCUCGAGAUACCGCCAAAUGCCCGGAACUGGAGGCCACUGCCGAUCGCAUGCCAUUCCCGAGCAGCUCUGGACCUACCUGCGCGGCAUGAUCGAGCGCUGCCUGUGGGGCCAGGAAGCUUUUGGCGGCGGCUUCUGUGGCUCAGGGGGUUCGUCAUCCCUCAUCAUGGAGGAGGCAGACACGAGCAGCACCGCGCCCUGGCGUGGCAUGCGCAAAGGCAGCCUGCGGACUCUCGGCACCAUAGAGUCCUUGCUGAUCCUGACCGAGUGGCACCCCCGGGCCCUGCACUUUCCACCACAGGAGGCGACGGACGAGCUGAUUCUCCCCGAUUACGAUUCUGCGCCCAUGUCGGGGUCCUUUGAUGCGAGCAGGAAUGUCGGCGCUGGGUUUGGUGGAAAGAGAAUCGAGAGCUGGCUCGAGCCGGCGUGGAGAAGCGAUCGAAUGUGCUGGAUGCUUCUCAGCACUGCCAUGGGCCUGGCCUAUGAGCUUGGCGUCUUUGACGACAUUGAUGAGAUGCUCAAAGACGACGCCAUUACGCGGCCCGAAUUCCAGGACGAGGGGUACCGGAUGAGGGCCAAUCGUAUCAAAAGGCUGCUUCUCAUCUACACCUCUCAGCUGGCCGGCCGUCUGGGCUGGACGAGCAUGACCCCCGAGCACCUGCGGAAGAGCGACCCGGCCGUGAUGCGGCGUCGAACCAUGUCCAACGACGGGGCCACGCCCAGCACUUCCUCCCUGAUCAACGGCUUCAACUACGUGCCGGACCUGGAAAUGGACGAUCAGAUCAUCCACUGCUGGGCGGGCAUCAGCAACGCCAUGCACCUCGGCAACGAAAAGCUGUUUCGAACCCGGAAACACACGACGGAGAUCAUCCAGAGCGGCAAAUACGUUGAGCUGCUAAGAGAGUUUGGCCCGAUGCUGCGCGACUGGUAUCGCGAGUUUGAGCUGUUUCGCCUGCCCCAGUUUAUUCGGCACAUCCUUACCAUCGAAUACGAAUAUGUGCGGAUUUACGUCAACUCCUUGUCCCUGCAAGCCGUCGUCGAGAGAUGCACAAACCACGCGGCCAACGGGGCCAACGGAAACGGGCAGGCGCCCAUGCAGCAGCUGUCGCCCCAGACCAUGAUCAACUACGGAAAGCUCCCGCUGGGGCAACUCGGUGGCUUCACCGUUCACGAUCAAGAAUACGUUCGAGAAGUUGUAGGCGGCUCCCGGAACCUGCUCCGCACCGUCGUCGAAGGCCUGCUGCCGGGCGGAUACCUCAAGCACGCGCCUGUGCGGACGUAUUUCCGCAUCAUCAGCGGCGCCAUGUUUCUCCUCAAGACGUUUGCGCUCGGCGCGCCGCGAUCCGACGUCAAGAUCAGCAUCGACCUGAUGGACGCCACCGUAGAAGCACUGCGCAACUGCGUCGUCGACGACGUCCACCUGGGCAUCCGGUUCGCAGAUUUGCUCGAGACGCUGACGAGCCGGCUGAGGAACCGGUUCAUCCAAGCGCCGACGAUGCAGCAGUCCUCUUCAGGUAAGGGACAAAGUCCAGUUCCCGAAGGGGCCAAUGGUGUUGGAGGCGCGACGGGGCAGCAGAAUAGUGAUGCCGCCGCCAACUGGGUGAGCGGGCACGCGCAAAAGUUGCGGGAGGGUCUGAAUGGACAGUACCGAGCGGGAUCCCCCUCUGCAGAGGCGAACAACAUCUCUGCCACGCCGUUUGAUCUUUCCACUGGCAACUUUCCUUAUCCCGGCGCCUCUUCAAUCGGACCCUCGACGCCAGCACCGCAUGUUGACAUGAAUCCCACAGCCCCGGGCGGCGGUGUGGAUAUGCACUUGUUCGAGGAGUGGAACAACCCUGGCAACGAAAUGUGGUACCUGCCGACUGGGCCGGCAUUUUUCCAAAACAUGGAAAACAGCGCGGUUGCCAUGACGGCCGAGGGUGUUAAUGUCGGCGGGCUCGAUUUGCUGGAGUACAUGGCCAUGGACCCCGUGCAAUUUUCCGGCAUGGAGGGAUCGGGGUCCACGACAGGCGCGGGCAACGACAACAGUGGCGGGACCGCCGUCUGA